GGGCGAAGAGGAGGAGGCGAGUCAGGCGACGCUACACACAGUCCCACACGCCCUAACCAGCUCAGUUCUUGUCCGGGCGUCCUGGUGAGCGGAGGUGCACGCGAGUCGCUCCAUCCCAGCCCUCACUGAGUCCCUUCGUCCCUUGUCACACCAUACGCCCCUCCCUCUCUCUUGGAUUACGCACGGCUGCCUGUCUGUCACCACUUCCCUGUCUACAGUGGUGCAUGAGUGACCAGCGCUCGUACACGGACGAAGCGCUGUUACGUCCGUGGUGGAUUGGUUGUACUUAAAUCCACCAAAUCCCUGAGUCUUGAAGUUUGCUUGAGUUUUGAGUUGGUUUCUGGACCCAUCUCGCCUGCUGGGAUCUUCUUUCCGCCCCUGGAGCUACGCCGCCGGACUGCCAAGAUGAGGAGUUGGCGGCAAGAUGGCUUCGUCCUUAGGCUGUGCGUGCUGGCGGCGGCGGCGGGCGGUGCGCUGGCCAGCCUGGAGAUGGCCAAGAUCCGGCGUGAGGGCGGCACCAUCAUCACGUCGUCCACGUUGGGCUGGGCGCACGCGGACGGCGUGCACGUGCCGCACGCCGUGCCCGUCACGGAGGACGACCCGGCCACCGUGUGGUGCCGCGCCGAGAAGCACGGUACGUGGGUGGCGGGCGCCAUGCACAGCGGCACCUGCACCGUGCCCUUCCUCGGCUCCGUGCUGCAAGUCACCGACAGCUACGAGGUGCUCGUGUCCUUGAACGGCUCGUCCCGCGUCAGGUACGAGAACUGGGACCGCUACCUGGCGCCGCCACACAACGCCGUGAGCGUGGAGGUGCGCCGCUUCCUGGCCAUGGACGAGGGCGAGGACGGCUUCCCGCAGGCGGGUUACCUGUCGCCGCAGGAGCGCCGCGCCUUCCUGGUGGCCGGCCCCCACGUGGACAAGGUGGACGCCGCCAUGGUGCUGGUGGAGGACCAGCCCGUGCGGUACGACCUGCGCGCCGUCAGCCUGGACACCAGCCGCAUCGCCGUGACCCACGAGGAGGAGGUGCUGGCCGAGGCGCGCCUGCUGAACCCUGGCCCGUCGCGGCAGCACGUGGUGGAGGCGAGGGAGGUGGUGGUGACGCAGCUGGCCUACUGGGGCCAGCUGAAGGGCACCUACACGGGCCUGGACGCCCACGUGGUGUCGCCGCCGCCCAGCGUGGAGGAGCGCGAGCUGACGUGGGGCGUGCAGAACGAGCUGGACAACGUACACAACGAGCUGCUGGAGUACAACCUGCCGCCGGGCACGGGCGUCUGGGUCAAGCUGAUCGGCACGGUGCGCAAGACGGAGGCGCCCUACUCGGGCACGCUGACCUCCGUGUACCGCGACGGCAGCCAGUCGUCCCGCGUGGUGGAGGGCCUGCACAUGGACCAGCGGCUCGUGCAGCUGCACGCCCAGUACUCGUCGCCGUACUUCCUCUUCAACAACACCGAGCUGGACAUCCCCGAACAGGUGUCGGUGCUCUACAAGUCCACCACCACCACCACCACCACCACGACCACCACCACCACCACCACCACCCCGGACCCACCCAAGAUCUCAAUGGUGGGCCCCGAAAAGCCCAAGAGUGACUCGCUCAGCACGACCUCUCAGCAGGAGGUGGCGGUCAGCAUGCACGACGGGGCGGGCCAGCUGGCCCCCGCCGGGCUGGCCCUGCUGGCCGCCCUGGCCUUGGCAGCCCGCGUGGCCGCCCUCCCCUGAAGGGCAGCGGCCGCGUCCCGCUGCCCCCCGCUGGGCCUCGCCUCAUAGCGCGGUAUUGGUGCCGAGGUGUGGUCGCGGUGUCGGCAGACUCCUGCCGCUGCCGGCCGUGAAUACCGAUGUGUUGUUGUGGGGCGACGCCGCCCCUGGACUGACGGGGGGCGCCCCUCUCCUUUCCCCUUCCUCCGAGGACACCAAGGCCCCGCCCGCCGCGCCUGCUCCCCCCUGCUUGUUCUGUCUCCUGCCGCCACUAACAGCAGGCGUGGCUGGCUGGUCUCUGCUGCAACGCUCAUCAACUACUGAAGCUUUGCGGAAACUAACCACUCGUUUGGGAGCUGUGUGUGUGUGUGUGUGUGUGUGUGUGUGUGUGUGUGUGUGUGUGUGUGUGUGUGCCAGGAGCACGCUCGAUUAAGCAGUAUCACGGGCGGCUGUGUUGGUUUGGUUUGGUUGUGUGUAAAUACUCAGUGUACAGUUCUGGUUGUAUAUUAAUGGUAAUACUGAACUUAUCUUUAUCCACCCCACCCUCCUCCUCCUCCUCCUCCUCCUCCUCCUACUACUACUACUACUACUACUACUACUACUACAACUACUACUACUAUUAUUACUACUACUACUACUACUGUGACAGCCCCGACUCGCAUCCUUUCCUCUAUGUCCCUCCCCCCUCCCUUAGGAGCCAGUGGGACACACACACACACACACACACACACACACACACACACACACACACACACACACACACACAAACACACACACACACACACACACACACACACACACACACACACACAUAAGAAAACAAACAAACAUACCCACAAACAAAUACACUUUACUCCUCUUCCAUGUGUCCCACGCCUUCCAAGUGUCCUAAAGUGUCCUGUAGUGUGUAAGUGCUUAUGUGUUGUCGUCAUCGUCGUCAUGUGUGUGUGUGUGUGUGUGUGUGUGUGUGUGUGUGUGUGUGUGUGUGUAGGGAGAGGGAAAAAGCGAUGAGAGAGACAAGACUGAGAUUUAAGACAGACAGACAGACAGACAGACACAGACAUACUUGAAAACGGAGACGGACAUAAAGACAGACGAAGAAGUAAACAAGUGACGGACGGACUGGAAGGAAACAAACACCGACAGAGCAGAGGAGUCAGUUCAAGGGCAUAAAAAAAGGUAAAUGUGAAAAAAAAGUCCGCUACUCAAAACAUGAAAGACAGAACAUGAACAGAACAUGAAAAACAGUGAGAGACAAGGAUGAAAAAAAAAUGGUGCACAGAAAAGAAACUACCCAGAGACAGACAAAACAGAAAUACAGAACAGUUGAACGGACAGACGAAAAGAGAUGCAAGGGCUAAGAAAUACAGACAUAGACAGACAGACACAAAAAAAAUGGUGCACAGAAAAGAAACUACCCAGACACAGACAAAACAGAAAUACAGAACAGUUGAACGGACAGACGAAAAGAGAUGCAGGGGAAAGAAAUACCAAGACAUAGACAGCCAGCAAAACAGACACAACAGACACACACACAAAAAAAGAAAAAAUAUAUAUAGUCCAACAAUCAUAGAAUCAGACAUACGACAUAACAGAAGGGCAGACAGACACAGGCCCCACAUCGCUGCUCCUACCAUUCUCUCAAAAUAUCGCUCUAUACAUAUAUAACAUAAAAAAAAAAAUUAACGGACGGAGAUCAAAGUGUGUUGGAUCUCAAACUUUACUCUUUGUACCUGUCAAUAUAAUAAAGGUAUUGACUCUCA